CAAGCCAGAGAUGGUUUUUGAUGAGAAGGAGAGCCCUUCUGCUUCUCUGGCAAUGCAGACGCCGCAAGGGCCCUGUGACCCCAAAUGUUCAAAGGCUCAGAAAGGAGAGAAGGGAGACCAAGGCCCACCUGGAGAUGUGAGCUUCACAGGACUGCACAGUGGAGGAGGUUAUGACCCAUUUAGCUUUGCCACCAAGGGAGAGAAAGGAGAGCGGGGACUACCUGGAAAAGAUGGGAUUCCUGGACUGCCUGGCAGGCCUGGGCGAACAGGCCCGCCUGGUUCCCCUGGACUGAUGGGCCUCCCUGGUAUCCAAGGUGAUCUUGGGCCGCCUGGAUAUCCCGGUCCUCCUGGGCCAAAAGGAGACAGAGGGGAGCCAGGAUACGUUUUAGGAGGUGUGGAAAUCAUUCCAGGGCAAAAUGGACCACCUGGUCCCGCUGGGCAGAAGGGGCAGCCAGGAGUUCCCGGUGUGCCAGGCCCACCCGGGUUACCAGGACUCCCUGGACCACAGGGGCCGCCUGGAACAUCAGUCAAGGGUGAGCCAGGGGACCCUGGGAUCAGAGGCCCUCGGGGAAAGAGUGGCAUCAAGGGAGAAAAAGGAGAAAUGGGAGAGACUGGAAAAGCUGGCUUACCUGGGCCAAUAGGGCUGGAUGGCCCCCCUGGAGUUUCUGGGCCGAAGGGCGAAAAGGGCGAGGUCGGGAUUGGCAUGCCAGGCAUCCCUGGUUUAAAAGGAACAGAAGGAGACAAGGGGGCAGUGGGCUUUCCUGGAUCCCAAGGGCAGAAGGGUGAACAAGGAAUGCCAGGGGCAGAAGGACCAACUGGUUCAAGGGUAGGAAGGCAAUGAAAAUGCAGUUCCUCCCAGCUGUGAAAUGGAUAAAAUGUUUGGAACGAUGUUUUGAAAUUGGUUUGAAAUGGGAA